AUGAAUACAUACCGCAGAUCAAGAAGAGACAGUGUCACAACCGCACCUCCUACCACUUUCGACAUCGGACCUCGACGAUCUGUUGAAGAGGACAAGCCGGACGAUGGUGGUAAGUUCGGACUUUUACGAGGUGUGGAUGUGGAACUAAACAUGAUAGGCGAAUGGGAUGAAUUGCAGAGAUUCGUCAGCUCACCAAGCGCUCCAACAACGCCCCGGACCAAGAGGAAGAUACAUUUCAUCGAGCCCUCGCCUGAUGAUAUUGCUCCACGAAGGUCCAACACGGCUCCUCCUGGCCUCCGGAUUGCAUCAACGACAAAUCUGGAUCGAGAGCCAACUGUUUCGAGGGAGCCAGACUCUGAAGAGAUACAACCUGAUCUGAUCUCGUUCGAGGAACCCGAGGAAGCGCCUUCCAAAGCAAGCGAAGAUCUGGGCGAAGUUUCUCUCAACAGCCAAGAAAGGGAUCAAGACUUCUACGACAUGGAGGUGGAAAUGGAAAUCUACAAUGAUGAUUCCACUCCAACCGAAGACCUCCCGCUGGUAUCUCAAGACGAGAAUGACGACGCAGACGAUGCGAAGGACCCCAUCUUCUCGCUGAGGCAUGCCAAAUCACAUUCGAUCUCAGGUACUUCGACAAUCCCUCAGGAAAGAUCAACUUCGGCCAAGUUCUACCGCACAUCAUCGGCAUCAGGGCUCUACUCCAAGCCAGCUUAUAGCCCGAUCAUCAAAGCACACGUCGCUGGCAGUCCCAUACGUUUCGACUUUUGCACAACGCCUGUUGGCAACAACGAUGAUAGCGAGCGACUUGGGGAUAUUCCGCGAUUGUCCCGAAGCCAGACUGGAAGCUUUGUGUCUGGCAACAGCGCAUCCUCAACAACAUGGGACGACAUAGUCACGGCCAGUGCUGAUGAAAGGUCGGGCCCGCCGAGCGAUGCUUCCAGCUCAGGUGGAAACACGAGAAGCUCGUCAGGACUCAGAAGUGAAAUUGCCUUGGAAACAAUCAGAAGGAAGCUCUCCACCAUGUCACGCUCGAGGAAAGCCAACGUGAAGCACAGCAGAAUGCGAAGCCCGGAGCCUAUAUCUAGCCCCGAUGAUGUUCCAGCUGUGCCACCUAACACCCGUGCAACAAGCGACACCCCAAAGAAGGGACAUGGAGGACAUUCAGCCAAACACAGUCGUUCGGAUGGCUCAUCGCCCCUUCCAACGCCGGCCGCGAUGGUUCGAAGUGAGCCGCAAUCCCCAACACAAAGCGCCCGAGUAUCGCCUCGCCUCAAGCCAGCCUUGAAACAUGCCGGUCCCAGCGUGCCUACUGGUGUAAGUACUAUGUACGAUCGAUCUGUACCAUCACAUAAGGAUAGUCUCGAGCUUGUACGCCACCGCAUGGGCGAAGAAUGGCUGACGGUGGACCCUCAGCUCUCUUGCACGCGGGACUCGAUUGUUCUGGCUAAACAAAGAUGGGAGAGAUAUCCUAGAUCGCAUGCUGUUAUUGACGAACAAAGCAGACACACCAAAUAUGGAGGUCUCAGUACUAUCAUGGACGCCAGUCCACCAGACCACAAGGCAUACUGGGCUGCCAGACGUGAACAGCUGGCAAAGCAGAAAGAGGUGGACUGGCAACGUGAGAUUGGAGGACAUCCAGAGAACGACCAUGACUGUCCUAUUUGCGAAGUGGAGAGACCCCGAACCAAGAGACUGGCGAGCUUGCGAGCAGGUUGA